UAAAAUAAUUUAUCCAUUACAUUGAUCUGGUCACACUAGUCUAUCCGCGUGUAUAAUUUAUAAUUAUUUUUUGGAAAAGACCAUGGACGACGAAGCGGAGACAUACAAACUGUGGCGUAUUCGCAAGACCAUCAUGCAGCUGAGCCACGACCGCGGCUACCUGGUGACGCAGGAGGAACUGGACCAGACCCUGGAGCAGUUCAAGAAUAUGUUUGGCGACAAGCCGAGUGAGAAGCGGCCCUCGCGCUCUGAUUUAAUUGUUUUGGUGGCGCACAACGACGAUCCCACGGAUCAGAUGUUCGUCUUCUUCCCGGAGGAGCCAAAGAUUGGCAUAAAGACCAUCAAGACAUACUGCACUCGCAUGCAGGAGGAGAACAUUCACCGGGCCAUCGUCGUGGUCCAGGGUGGAAUGACGCCGUCAGCCAAGCAGUCGCUCGUGGACAUGGCACCGAAGUACAUUUUGGAACAGUUCCUGGAAUCGGAGCUGCUGAUCAAUAUAACCGAGCACGAGCUGGUGCCGGAGCACGUCGUGAUGACCGCCGAGGAGAAGCAGGAGCUGCUGAGUCGCUACAAGCUCAAGGAAAACAUGUUGAUGCGUAUCCAGGCGGGCGAUCCGGUGGCCAGGUACUUUGGCCUUAAGCGCGGCCAGGUGGUAAAGAUUAUUCGCUCCUCGGAGACGGCUGGCCGGUACAUCUCGUACCGAUUGGUCUGUUGAUGCCCAGAUCUUUAUGUGUAGCUUAAGAAACCUAUGAUAUAAGACAAGGAUUGCGAACUGUAAACGCCAAUAAAUUGCAAUCUUUUCAAAUCCAAA